UCCGCCUGUCGCUCCUCAGACAGCUUCUGGCCAACUCUACGCUGCCCAGGAGCAGUCCACGAUGUGUGGCAUCUUCUUCUCGCUUAGUAGCACAGAGUUUGUCCACCCCGAAGAAGACACACAGCGCAUCGUCAGGAAUAGAGGACCAGACAGCUACCGGGCUCAUCAUGCAUGCGUAUCGUGCCCAACACCAAGUGGCGGCGAUGAGCAGUGCGACGGCGACGCAGAUUGCAAGCGGUAUUUAACCUUCAUAUCGUCUGUUCUUGCUCUCAGAGGGGAUCAUGUGGAAGCACAGCCUCUCGUAGACCCUUCCAGCCAGUCAGUCCUCUGCUGGAAUGGAGAGGCAUGGAAAAUAUCGAAUGAGAUUAUCAGUGGAAAUGAUACCCAUCGAGUUUUCCAGCUGUUCUUGGAGUCAGUCAGGCCUUCAGAGGAUCCCACACGAUCAUAUGCAUGUGAAGACCCCCUGCCCAGAUUGGCACAUGCUGUCAGUACCAUAUCAGGGCCGUUUUCUUUUGUGUUUUAUGAUGGCUAUGCAUCGAGGAUUAUCUACGGCAGAGACUUCCUGGGGAGAAGAUCCUUGCUGACUGGAUGGGACGGAAGGGGGAACUUCAAGAUUUCCAGCGUCUGUGAUGGAUCCUCAUCUAACUGUUUCGAAGAAGUGACCACUGACGGCAUCCAUGUUAUCCAUCUUGCUCGCGGCUCUCGAAUCGUCGAUAUAACAACCAUUCCAUGGGUACAUGGGACGAGUUCUCUCACGGCAGUUCCUAGUGCUCCAAUACCACCCAUGAACAAAUGCCUUCCAGAUACCACACCCCGAGCCCCGUCCCCGCUUGUUACCAGCUCUCCAUCCGUGCUCGAACUAGAGAAUCUACUUCGCCAAUCACUUGAGCUUCGCGUCCAGGCCGUCCCCGACCCUCCUUCCUUAUCAGCAGGAGCAAAGGUCGCAGUCCUCUUCUCCGGCGGGCUUGACUGCACCAUCCUGGCGAGGCUCGCGCAUGAACUACUCCCAGAAGACGAGCCGAUCGACCUCUUGAAUGUCGCAUUCGAGAACCCCAGAGUAGCCGCAGCUAACCUUGCCAAGAACGGCAACCAGACCUCUGUCUUUGAGGAUUGCCCGGACCGCAAGACCGGCCGGUCAUCGUACGCAGAGCUGCGCCGAAUUUGUCCGACGCGCCCGUGGCGGUUUGUCUGCAUAAAUAUUCCCUACGCGGAAACAACACAGCAUAGGGACAAGGUUCGACGCCUGAUGCGCCCUCACAACACGGAGAUGGACCUGUCGAUAACGUGUGCGUUAUACUUCGCAUCGCGCGGCGUUGGCGAAGUUACGCCAGAUGAUGAUUCCGGUGUACCCGCUCCCUACACGACGGCAGCACGGGUCCUUCUUUCCGGCCUUGGCGCGGACGAAGUGUUCGCCGGAUACCAACGACACGCCCUCGCCUUCGCACGCCAGGGCUUCCAGGGCCUUGUCGACGAGAUCGAUCUGGACGUCGGGCGCCUAGGCAAGAGGAACCUCGGACGCGAUGAUCGCGUCCUUUCGAACUGGGGCCGCGAAGCGAGAUAUCCAUAUCUUGACGAGGACUUUCUCAGAUGGGCCCUUCAACGUCCCGUUUGGGAAAAGUGUGGCUUCGGCAUCGCGUCCAAUGGCGCAGAAUCGGCAGGCGGAGAUGGAGUGGUCGAAUGUCCUGAAGAACCAGAGCUUGAACCGGGGAAAAAAGCGCUGCGCUUGGUGGCGUGGAACUUGGGCAUGAACCUGGUGGCGAAGGAGAAGAAAAGAGCCAUCCAAUUCGGCUCGAGGACUGCGAAGAUGGAGAGUGGUAGGAGUAAGGGAACUCAAGUGCUCUCGUAGUCCGCUUGCAUAAUCCCACCCCAGCAGUUUCCUUUACCCUCCCCCUUACCUAUGAGAUACACAGCGAUGAUGACAUACAGAUACUUAUGACAGGCAGUAUUCCAUCCCCGGCUCUAAUCCUUGUUCCUUUCACGAUUCCUUCUUUCCCCUUUCUCCCCUUCGCGACCUACCCUUUUUCUUUUGAUAUGUCCCUCUUUUUCUCUCCUGUGCACCCCAUGCUUUCAUUCAUUGGAAGUAGAGUGGGAGCUCAGUGGAAAUUGGACAUGGAUGGGAAGCGAACGAAAAAAAGGGGAGGGAAAGAUAAGUCAAAGGACAAGAUGGAGAUGGGACGGGACAUGUGCUCAUGAAGGAGAUAUAAAGGCAAGUCUGAGCUGUGUGUGAUGUAAAAAACAAUACAUACAGGCGUGUGUUUUUAGUGAACGCUAUGAUCCUGCACAAGGUUAUUUUUUCGAUGUAAAUAUACCUACUCUGUAGUUAAUAGUGAAUACAAGGAGGGAAAAAUAAAUAAAUACAAAAGAA